AAGUACAGUUGUACAGUUUAUCGACCUUAUUAAUAGGAGAUAAUUUGCAUUGAACAUUGGCACCAAAAAAAUAAUUGAUAAGAUCACAGUAAUAAUGUCUCAUACUAUUCACUUUCCAUUCCUAACCACUUCUUCUUCUCCUCCUCUUCCUUCUACCUCCACCCACUCCUCAACCCUAUUGCCCGUUGGUACUAAACACCAUGCACAAUCAAAAGCUUCCGAACACUUUCAGUACCAGCCUACAAUUUGGGAUUAUAAGCAUUUUGUUGAAUCACCCAACACUAACAACUCGUGCAAAACAGAUACGGGACUAUUGGUGGAGAAAGAAAAACAAGUGAAGGUUAUUCUUAAGGAGGCCGUAAAACCACUAGAAAUGCUUGAGCUAAUCGAUGUCAUUCAAAGUCUCGGAAUGAGUAACCUUUUUGAGGAAGACAUCCACAAAAUCUUAGAGAACGUGUACCAUGACAAUGCCUGGAAUUCGAAAGAUAACUUAUAUGCAACUUCUCUCAGGCUUAAGCUUCUUAGGCAGUAUGGUUUUCAUGAACCUCUAGAUGUUUUUGAUAAAUUUAAAGACGCGAAAGGCGGGUUCAAGGAAUCAAUUAAGGACGAUACUAAGGGAAUGCUGAGUUUAUUUGAAGCAGCACAUCUUGUUUUGGAAGGAGAAAGCAUCUUAACUGAAGCCGUACUCUUCACAAGAAGACAUCUAUUAGACAAUGAAAGCAACAACAACAAUGUUAACAUUAACCUAACAAAACAAGUCCGUCGCUCCUUGGAGACACCAUUUCAUUGGAGAGUUCAAAGAUUAGAAGCUAAGACUUUCAUUGAGGCAUAUGAAUCUCAAAAUGAUAUGAAUCCUCUUCUUCUUGAAUUUGCUAAAUUGAAUUUCAACAUGGUUCAGGCUCAACACAAGAUGGAACUCAAGCAUAUAGCAAGAUGGUGGAACAACAUGGGGAUUGCAGAGAAAAUGAAUUUUGCUAGAGACCGAAUAGUUGAGUGCUUCCUAUCAAGUAUUGGGUUUUGUUGGGAGCCACGAUAUAAACGUUGCAGAGAAUGGCUCACCAAAAUCCUAAGCUUUGCUCUCGUAAUUGAUGACAUCUAUGAUUCUUAUGGAUCAUUAGAAGAACUUGAAUUAUUUACGGAUGCUAUUGAAAGGUGGGAUUGCAAAGCCGUGGAAAAACUCCCAUAUUACAUGAAGAUAUGUUUCUUAGCCCUCUAUAACACCGUCAAUGAAAUGGCAUUCCAGAUACUUGUUGAGCAAAAAUUUGACAUUUUACCGCACUUAACAAAAUCGUUGGCCAAUUCGGUGAAGGCAAUGUUAACAGAAACGAAAUGGUGCCAUAAGGGAUGCAUGCCAACUUUUAUGGAAUACCAGCACAAUGGCUCGGUUUCAUCCGUCGGAUAUGUGUUCUUGGUGAUUGCCUUUUUUGCUACUAAUCAAAAUAUUAAUGAUGGUGUGUUACAUGCCUUCGAAAACGAUCACCCUCUUCUCUACUCUUCAUGUUUAGUGUGCCGACUUUCGAAUGAUCUUGCAACCUCAUCGGCGGAGCUAAAAAGAGGUGAAGUUGCAUCCUCCAUAUACUGUUAUAUGCAAGAAACAAACGUCUCCGAAAACGAUGCUCGUGAACACAUAAAAGGCAUAAUCAUGGAAACGUGGAAAGAGAUGAACCGAUUCCUCUUUGAUUCAUCUCCAUUUGAUCGUUCAUUCGUCAACUUGGUUCUAAAUUUUGCAAGAACAUCUUUGUUUAUGUACCAAUGCGGCGAUGGGCUUGGAGCAGAGCAUUCAAAGAGCAUAGAGCAUGUUCAGUCUUUGAUAGUUAACCCAAUUCCCAUUGAUGAACCUACCCAUAAAGACUCAUCUUUAUCCGAUGUGCAAUGUUAGGCUGUCCCCUUUUGCGUGUGCGUGUGCCAUUUAUAAAUCAAGAGUUAUAAUUUACAAAGAAAGAGCAUUUGUUUGUUAAAUUCUGUAAACAGAUGGUUGAUGAUCAAGAUACAAAAGUGUAAGGAUGCUACUUCGUAUCGCAGACCAUACUUGGUAAGCGUUCACUGCUAAAAAUUGCAGCAUUAAAGCGUAAGAGCUCUUUUGUAAUUUCUAAUGCAAUAAUACAAGCGAAUUUUACCAUUUCA